UUUGUUCCAGAGUCUGUGCGAGAAGUCAGUAAGGCCUGUGAGUCCUUGUGCCGAUGGGUCCUGGCUGUGUAUGAGGCAUGCUCUGUGCAGCACCAACUGGUGGGAAAGCAGCAGUUAGAGGUCCUGGCUGGAAAGAGUCGAAGGCGACUUCAUUUGGCCUUGAAGUGCAAAGACGAUGCUUACAAACGUUUAGAGGAUGUUAAGUCUCAGCUUCAGUUCAUACAAAAAGAGCUGGAGGACCAGCUGCUUCAGCUGCACACGGCUGAAAAGCUAACAAGAGAAGCUACUACAUGUGCUGAGCAGUUGGUGAUGCAAGUCAGAGACUGGAGAGCUGCUUGUCUGGAAGCGGAUUUGUUUCGUCAAAAUGUUCCGGGGGACGCCAUAAUCCUGGCUGCAGUCAUGUCGUAUUUAGGCCCCUUUGGACCUGAUGUUCGCAGAGAAUUGAUGAGCAAGUGGAGAGAGCUGUGUCAGACAGGGAGCAUCAAUAUAAACCCCCAGGACCUCAGAACAUCUCUGUUCCCAAACAUAGACUCUGAACCCAUUUCUCCGUCUCAUGGUUUUCCCAUUACUGUGACUGAGAAGAUGCAUUUACCAAUAAGUCAGAUAUUAGGGAUGAAAGAGUGGCAGCUUGAGAACACUCAGUCUGACCGAUUGUUGGUCAAGCUGUUGCUAUGGGGCUACAGAUGUGAAUUUGUUCAACACUGGCCUCUCCUAGCUGACACCGAGCAAUAUUUAGCAAUGAGCUGUCAAAACCGGCUCAUCACAGGAGAAAGUGCAAAGCUUGAGGAAGAAAUAGGAUUUGAGCUGGUUGUUUGUGUGGAUGAUCUGGAGCUCCUGAGCAAGCUGGACCAAGCUGCUGAGAAAGAGAUCCAUCCAUCCAUCUUGGCUCAGGUCCAUGUAGUUGACCUCUCUCUAAGCUCAGAAGAGAUCCAGGGGCUGAUGCUGACACAGCUAAUACAAUCUCAGUGCAGAGGGCUGCUGAUGCAACACUUGCAAUGCCAGAAUUACAAUCAGUUGCUGCAGCACAAACUGGUCAUGGAAGAGGAUAAUUUGAUGGAGUUUAUCCUGCAGUCUGACACCUUGCUGCUGAAAGACUCAGACUUUCUUUCCCGUGUGGUUGUUCACCAAGAAGAGAUGCAGAAACUACAGGCUGAGAGGAAGCAGCUGGGGGAGGAGCUGGAGUACCACGAGUCUUUGCUGGCUGCUCCGCGGCAGUUAAUGAGGCUGGCUGCUGCCCUUUACGAGGCUCUGCAGGCUGUGUCUUGCCUCUCUCCUGCCUAUUACUUCUCCCUACAUGGCUUCAUGUCCGUGAUGCAUGAGGCUUUCAGUGUUGAGGGCAGGCCAUUAGUGUCACAUACAACAGGGAAAGGAGCGGAGUGCAUGCUACCAGAGAUUAUGAAUACGAUGGUUCUCCAGCUGCUGGUACAGUACAGGCCUUGUCUCUUCAAAAGCCAUGCUGCUGUUCUAAAGCUGCUGGUUUGCUUGGCUCUGCUCAAGCACAAUCAGCUUUGCUCUGAGGCAGAGAGGAUGGCCUUUCUCAGGGGUCUUGAUGACACAGAGCAUCAUGUAAGUGCGGGAAAGCCCUUCAAGUUUUCUGACACGGCUUCAUAUACCACAAGUUCCAUACCCAGCUGGAUACCCCCUCAUGUCAUCUCAGAGCUGCUCUGCCUGGAACAGAUCCCAGCCUUCAGAGGGCUUAUUUCCUCACUCUGUGCUUCGCCCAUGCAGUGGCAUGAGUAUCUACAUUCCCCUACCACUGCUGUGGCAGGAGCUGUCUCCUGUCUUUCCCACUCACACCUGUCCUUGCUGCAGCGUGCUCUUCUCUGGAAGACUAUGAUCCCAAACUGCUUGGAGGAAUUAGCAGACAUCCUACAUGACUGUCUUCUCUGUCUGUCACUAAAGACAGAACGGACUGAGUACCCUCACACUGGCAAUCCAGAGACUCUCUCAAAAUAUGUAGAGAAAUAUGAAGGACCCAUAAUUCUUACAAUGUCCAAUCUCGAAGAAGAUUUGCCGACAAGCAUUACGCCUCUUCGUUUGAUUAAUCAAUUGGCCGACUGUGUUGCCAAAACAAAUGAGGUUGAGGUGCGGGUCAUCUCUGUUGAGACAAUGUGGAACACUGGAGUUAUCCUUUCAGUAAUGGAUGAAGCCAGUCGUGAUGGCCACUGGCUGGUUUUCAACAACUGUCAGCUGUUGGAACGCUGGGACGGUGAAGUGAAGACUCACCUCAGUCAGCUGACCGCCCCCUUCAAAGGAGAGCAGCACACCAAGAAAGAGCAGUUGCUGAUUCAUCCACACUUCCGUCUGUGGUUUGUCACCAGGGAAAAUGCUUCACACUUUAUACCAGGCGCUGUGCGGAUCUGUGCCCUGCAUCUGGUCUGUGACUCUCCCUGGGACCUGAGGGAGGAGCUGUGCUCUUCUUUACAACAGGUGGUGUCCGUCAGCCAGCAUCAAUGCCCGUCAGCCGUCAUCACCCGCAACACAGAGCUGAUUCUCCGCUGUGCCAUUUUCCACUCUCUGUUGCUGCAGAGACAGACUUAUAAAUAUUUAGGCUGUGGAAGAAUCUAUCAUUGGAAUCAGGAGGAUCUCUUUGCAUUAGUGGAUGCCCACAUUUCCAUCGCAAGUCCCUGCUGUAACAGGACUAAGGCUUUGCAGUUCAUAGCAGUUAAUCUAGUGCAUGGUGGCCAUGUAAUGGAUUCUGAAGAUUUAAAGGUGGUUGAGAGCAUUGCCAGAACUUGCUUCUCCACAGGGUCAUCUAUUUUGGACAGUUGUCUACACAUCCUUUCAAAUUUUCAAAGCAACUGUGACAGUUUUGAUUUGUCAGGAUUAUUGAGACUUUCGGAGCAAUGUCUUGAGGAUACGGCAGAGCCUGUUCUGCUGGGCUUUGGUGUUGAUGUGGCAUCUGAAAUGACCCGGAUCAACAGCCACAGCAUUAAACUGCUACUGAAGGCUUCUCAAAAUCCUCUUGGAUAUUUGAGGAGUUUUAGCACCAAACACGAACAGCUUGCCAAACUGCCACCUUACAGGCAUGCAAAAGAAAGAAUCGAGGCUCUGAAAAGUCACCUCACGCACAAGACAAACAGCACACUUGAAUACGAGGGAACUGUUUCUCGCAGUCCCCUUCGUGACUUCCUCCUCGCGGAAUGGGAUGAUCUCACCGAUUCGGUGUCCUCGCUUGUCUCACAGCUUCAACAGCCUGUUGAACACCUGCUGUCCGUCGCUUCAGUCUUAAAGUUCACUAACUUGUCUCAGUUGGAGAGGAGGGCUGAAUUGCUUAGAGCCUAUCUCUGGGACGACAUUAUUUCAGAUCCACCUGGUGCCUAUCGACUGUCAGCUUUUAAAAAUGCCCGAGCCUUCCUCAUAGCAGUGAUGAGAGAGGCCGCGCAGAUCAAUUACAAAUACAUCAGUGAUAUAACGCUGCAGUUCCAGGUUCUGCCUGACAUCCCAUACCCAGGCUCACUUCCUCAAAGUGCUGUGUAUUUAUGCGGUUUGGAUCUGAAGGGUGCAUCAUGGGAUACACAAGAAGAAGCCCUGCAAGAGGCUCUCUCCCCUCAGCCAUUUCCAAUGCCUCUUAUUUGUGUCAAAGCUAAAGUCAGAAGUAACAUGGACAGGCAUCACUAUGAAACUUUUGAGAAGUUUGGCAACGACACCUUUCUGCUGCACCUUGACAACGGCAGGGCGUGA